GCUUUUUUGUUGUAACUACUUUGUUAAUUUGCUAUGUUUAUUAACACAAGUUAAGAUUUUUAAGAAUAUUAAAAUGCUAAGAUUUUUUAAGCGAGAGAAAAGUACUGAAUCGUUAGAUAAGGAUAUAAAUUGGAAUUCAAACCGCUACAGCACAGUUAUUGCUCAAAGGAAUAUUCUACUUUUAUUUGCGUUAAUAUUAUUAGCAACGAUCUCUAUCAGCAUAUUAGUCAUAUUUAAAAUUAGCACAAGUAGCACUAUUGAGCCAUUUGUUAUAGAAAUUGACAAGAAAUCGGGAAUAGUGCAAUUGGUUGAUCCUGUCACAGUAAAGCAGUAUUCUGCAGAUGAAGCGCUGAACGAUUAUUUUAUUUCAGAGUAUAUAAAAGCAAGGGAGGUUUUUGAUCCAUAUCAUUAUAAUUAUAACUAUUAUACAAAGGUGAGGUUGUUUUCCUCACCUAAUGUGUAUAAUGAAUUUAGAAAUUAUAUAGGAUCGCAGAAUAUGGAUGAUCUUUUUAAUUUAUAUUCAGAUACCAAAAAUGAAUUUAAAAUUCGCUCGAUUCAAAAAUUGGGUAACGAUGCUCUUCAGGUGAGGUUUUUUGUGGAAUUUAUACGGAAAGAUGGAAGUUCCACAAGAAAAAAUAAGAUAGUUAUUAUGUCAUAUAGAUAUGCAUCGCUUGAAAUGAAUGAUCAGCAAAGAUAUAUUAACCCAUUAGGGUUUCAAGUUAUUUCAUAUAGAGUAGAUGAUGAAUAUGUAUAGGAUAUUAUUAGUUUUAGUUUUACUUAUAGUAGAAUAAAGACUUUUGUGUAUAGCCCUAAUGAAGUAUUUACGGUGGUUUUUAGUCAGGGUUACUAUUCUUAUAUUGAAUUUGCGGAAGGAGAAAAAGUUAAAAAUAUCGCUGUUGGUGAUGCAUCAAGUUGGAAAAUUAAUCCUUAUGACAAUAAAUUGCUUAUCAUGCCAUUUGAAGUUAGUAGCCGCACUAACAUGAUUAUUACGACAACUAAAAAAAGAAAUUACAUUUUUGAUUUAAUCUCAAGGCCAAACUACGAUAAAUACCCGGAUACUGAUGCUAAGAAAGUAGAUCACGAUUAUUCUGCUGAAAAGGAUAUAUCUUACGUAGUACGUUUUUAUUAUCCUCAAGAAGAAGGUGAAUUUGAUGUUGAUUUAGAUGAGGUUUCUUUACCUACUCAAAUGCAAUAUACUACAGACAAGCUAGAAAAAAUAAUACAAGAAAAUGAUACGAAGUACAAUUAUACAUAUAUUGAUGAAGGUGGUAAUGCGGAUAUAGUUCCGAUUGAGCUAUUUGAUGAUGGUUAUUUAACCUAUUUAAAAUUUAGAAAUAAUAAUAAAAUACCUCAGAUUUUUGUAGAAGAGGAGGAUAAACCUUGUAAAAGGCUGUUAUUUGAUGAUUAUGUUAUAAUAAAGGGAGUACAUAAAAAGCUAUUUAUGCGUUAUGAAGAUGGUGAAGUUGAAAUUAUAAAUAGGUCACUUUAGCUGUGGUACAUGCAAUAUGAAUAAAGAAAGGCGUAACAAUUCAGAAGAUGAAUCAGAAAUAGAGAAUAAGGUAGUAACAGUUGGCUCUAAUCAAGGUCAUAGGGCAUUGAUGGUCAUGAUUUUAGUGCUUCUGGUUGGUGGAGUGUAUUAUUUCUAUUUUAGUCCUUCUCAUAAAGAGGAUUCAGAAGUUAUUAAAAAAGAGGAAACAAAGCAAAACGUUCAAGAAUUUAAAGGAAAGUUGGAACAAGUUCCAGAUAAUGUAAUAGUUCCAGAAAGAAUAAUAACCGAUCCCUUACCACCCUUACCUCCUCUUCCUACACCACAAAUCGUACCAGAAAUAAAACAAAUUAAAAAAGAAGAAGAGAAACCAAAAGAAACCCCUGUGUCAAAUAUACCUAUUUUGCCAAAGCAAAAUUUUCCUUCUAACAAUGUUAUUAGUAAUCUACCUACCUCGUUUCCUACAAUAGGGGAUGGUGGUUACCCUAGAGAAAGACGUAGUGCACAAAUGUUAACAAUUUCAGGUGGUAGUGGAGAGAACAAGGCUGCUGAUGCUAUUUUAUCCGACACUUCAGUACAGUCGAGCAAAGCUACCAGAGUAGGAAAGCUUGGUUUAAUGAUUACUCAAGGUAAAAUUAUUGAUGCUGUUCUUGAAACUGCAAUAAACUCUGAUCUGCAAGGAAUGCUGCGUGCUAUGGCAAUAUUAAAUCAAUGAAAUGAACUAUGCUGCACUUGAUACAUAUUUGGAGCCAUUACAAGGCAUAUUUCAAGAAGAAGGCGUAAAUGAAAUAUCAAUAAAUAAGCCAAAGGAAGUAUGGAUUGAAAAUCGUGGUGAAAUAAGGUGUGAAAAAUUAGAAAUAUUCGAUCUUAACCAUUUGAAAUCUCUUGGCAGACUGAUUGCUCAAGCUACAGAACAAAAACUUAGCGAAGAAGCACCUUUACUUUCGGCAACAUUACCAAAUGGUUAUCGUAUACAGAUAGUAUUUCCGCCAGCAUGUGAGCCUGAUAAAGUAGUCAUGUCGAUUCGUAAGCCUUCUAGCAUGCAGUUAGCACUCGAUGAUUACGAAAAAAUGGGGGCUUUUUCUGAAACUGUUACAGAAGCAACUGAUAAUCCAGUUGACCGUCAUUUGGAUUUAUUGUUAAGGCAAAAAAAAAUAAAAGAGUUUUUAGAAUACGCUGUAAUAAGUAAGAAAAAUAUUAUAAUUAGUGGUGGAACUUCCACUGGUAAGACUACUUUUACUAAUGCUACUUUGCGUGCUAUUCCAGCUGAGGAAAGAAUUAUUACUGUUGAGGAUGCAAGGGAAAUCGUUUUGAACGAUCAUCCCAAUAAAGUCCAUCUAAUUGCCUCUAAAGGAGGGCAGGGCAGAGCAAAAGUAACCACUCAAGAUUUGAUAGAAGCGUGCUUACGUUUAAGGCCAGACAGAAUAAUAGUUGGUGAGCUCCGUGGAGCGGAAGCUUUUAGUUUUCUCAGGGCGAUAAAUACUGGUCACCCUGGAUCAAUAUCAACCCUUCAUGCAGAUAGUCCAACAAUGGCCCUUGAGCAAAUAAAAUUGAUGGUUAUGCAGGCAAAUCUUGGCAUUCCUCCAGACCAAAUUAUACCAUACAUUAAAAAUGUGAUUGAUAUUGUUAUUCAGCUAAAAAGAACCGGUGGGGGCAAAAGAAGCAUUUCUGAGAUAUUAUUUACUAGAUCUGCGAGCGAAAAUGCUUAAAUUUAUACAUAAGUUAAGGAAGAGUAGUUUAUGAGUAAUGGAAAUCACCUACGUAAUAUUCUCAUAGGAGGUGUAGUAGCUUUUAGCGUACUUGAGUUUUGCUUCUAUCUAUCUGGUAUAUUGUUUGUUCUGUUUGCUGAUGGUCCGGAUGCUGUGGAUUUUAAGGCAAUUAAUCCUAGUUUGACGCCUUUCCCUCAAGCUCUUUGGCCAACGAUUUUUGAUCAUAUACAAUAUUGUUGGCAUCAUCCAGAGUUAUAUAGCCUUGAGCUCAAAAUCACAUUAAUUAUAUCUUCUGCACUGCCUAUCAUUGUUUUAAUGAUUAUCUUAUGGAAUUUAAGAGAAAGGAUAAUUGAGUGGCGACCAUUUAAAAAGAAGGAAUCACUUCAUGGAGAUUCGCAGUGGGCAUCAGAGAAAGACAUACGAAAAGCAGGAUUAAGAAGCAAAAAGGGAUUAUUGCUUGGUAAAGAUAAAAGAGGAUACUUCAUUUCUGAUGGGUUUCAGCAUGCAUUGUUAUUUGCACCUACAGGUUCUGGUAAGGGUGUUGGCUUUGUAAUUCCUAAUUUAUUAUUUUGGACUGACUCGGUAAUUGUACACGACAUAAAAUUAGAAAACUAUGAAAUAACAAGUGGUUGGCGAGAACGACAAGGACAAAAAGUAUACGUAUGGAAUCCAGCGCAGCCAGAUGGAAUAAGUCACUGUUACAAUCCAUUACAAUGGAUUAGUGAAAAACCUGGACAGAUGGUUGACGAUGUGCAGAAAAUAGCCAACCUAAUUAUGCCUGAACAAGACUUUUGGCAAAAUGAAGCAAGAAGUUUAUUUGUUGGAGUGGUAUUAUACUUACUUGCUGCACCAGAGAAAGUCAAAUCUUUUGGUGAAGUUGUGCGUACGAUGCGUAGUGAUGAUGUAGUCUAUAAUCUUGCUGUUGCUCUUGAUACAAUGGGUAAAAUACUACACCCUGUAGCAUAUAUGAACAUUGCAGCUUUUUUACAAAAAGCUGAUAAAGAAAGGUCGGGUGUUGUAUCAACCAUGAACUCAUCACUUGAAUUGUGGGCAAACCCAUUGAUUGAUACUGCAACUGCGUCAAGUGAUUUUAAUAUUUUAGAUUUUAAAAAGAAGAAAACUACAGUUUAUGUUGGUUUAACUCCUGACAACUUGACUAGGCUCAGGCCUUUAAUGCAGGUUUUUUACCAACAGGCAACUGAGUUUUUAUGUAGAAAAUUGCCAUCAGAUGACGAGCCUUAUGGCGUAUUGUUUUUAAUGGAUGAGUUUCCUACACUUGGAAAAAUGGAGCAAUUUCAAACAGGUAUUGCAUAUUUUCGUGGUUAUCGAGUUAGGUUAUUCUUAAUUGUUCAAGAUACUGAGCAGCUCAAAGGAAUAUACGAAGAAGCAGGGAUGAACUCCUUUUUGUCAAACUCGACUUACAGAAUAACUUUUGCAGCCAAUAAUAUUGAAACAGCUAAUUUAAUAUCGCAACUUAUAGGAAAUAAAACUGUACAACAAGAAUCGUUAAACAAACCUAAGUUUUUAGACUUGAAUCCUGCUUCAAGGUCGUUACAUAUCUCUGAAAUACAGAGAGCAUUGCUAUUGCCUCAAGAAGUUAUUAUGUUGCCACGCGACGAUCAGAUAAUUUUAAUAGAGUCGACUUACCCAAUUAAAUCAAAGAAAAUUUUGUACUAUAGUGAUAGCACCUUCACAAAAAGACUGCUCAAGCAAACUCGUGUGCCUACACAAGAACCAUAUGACCCAAACAAAGUUCUUUCUGCCGCUGCGAGCAAAGAUAAGGUUAAUAAUGAGGGGAAUAAUGCUCUUGAGGGACCUAAUUCAGUUGAUUAUCCUGCUGAAACUAAAACAGAAGAUGCAGUAUAUGAUGAAUCAAAUGAAUUUGCAGACGAAGAUAUUGAUGAUGAAGAUAUCGACGAUAAGUUUGAAGAUGAUGAUGACGGGUUUGAUGAUGAGGAAAAGAGCGAUGAUGGGUUUGAUGACGAAGAAGAGGAGGAUGAAUUUGAAGAUGAGGAUAUUGAUGAUAAAUUCAAAAAUGACGAGAAGUAAGGUUAACUUCGCCUAUUUUUUAGCUUAGGAAAGUGCAAGUUAUGCAAAUAAUUAGGUUUUUCAUAUUAAGCCAUUUUUAAUUAAUUAGUAUUAGAUUAGCUAUUUUAACUAGGGGAGUAGUAAUGAUUAGUAAAAAAACAUUAGCGGUUACAGCGCUUGCUUUGCUGUUGUCACAACAAUCUUUUGCGAGUGAAACAGAAGGGUUUUACUUUGGUAGUGGGUAUUACGGUCAAUAUUUAAAUUACACGGGUGAGUUGAAAGCAAAAAUUGGAGAUACUGCUGCUACAGCUACCAAUAAUGUAUCUGUAAAUGACAGGAGUGCUCAGAACACAGAAGGUCAGUCACUAAGUAAGUAUAAAGGAGAUUAUAAUCCGCCUUUUGCUGCAAAUGUAGCAUUGGGUUAUACAGGGGAAUUGAAUGGCAAUAGCUACAGAGCUGAAUUGGAAGGAAUGUAUUCUUCUGUAAAAGUGGAUAAUAUUGGUUUAACAAGCGGCCAGAUGACAAUAUCCUACACAAAGGAUAAAACUAGACCAGAAGAGAGCUAUGGAGCAAUAGUCAAUCAUGACCAAAUUGAGAACAUAUCUGUAAUGGCAAAUGUUUAUCAUCAUUGGAAAAGUGACCGUUUCUCUUUUUCUCCUUAUGUUGGGGUUGGAGUCGGUGCAACAAGAAUGACAAUGUUUGAAAAAUCGUCAAUAAGACCCGCAGGUCAAUUAAAAGCUGGCCUUGAUUAUCGCAUAAACGAAGAUGUAAAUAUGCAUAUCGGAUAUAGAGGUUUUGGUGCUAUUGGUAGCAGUGAGUAUAAACUAGACACCUUAAAAUGGGAUCCCAACCAUGAUAAUGGCAAAGAUAAGCCAAAAGGUGGAAUGGCUGAACAAACAGGUGAUAAUCAAGUAUCUACUACCAUACAGAACGACUUUUUUCACACACACGGCAUAGAGGCUGGUCUUACUUUCCACUUUGCUAGUAAAGCUUAACUGCCCUUUAGAAAAACAAUAGAUCUCUUGGCAUCAUUCCAGCGCAGGCCAGGUUUUCCUACGUCAUACCGCGAUUCAUUCGCGGUAUAGAUUCCGCUAACACGUAGCAGAAUGACGAUUUUUCAAAUCGUCUUAGCUAUAAGA